AUGAUGCAGAGAAGCUCGCUCCUCCUGGUUGUUGUCGCGUUUGUUGCUGGCUGUGUCGGCUUCAUUACCGCCGAGAACAGUGUCCGGACGCGUGACCAUCCGUCUGUCGUCGAAGUUUCCCAAAGUCGCAACCUCAAAUCUACAAGUGACGGAGAAGAGAAGUCGUACCCCAUUGGCGACGAAGAGAGGGGUAUGACGAGUGUUCUCACCAGGAUCAAGUCGCUCUUGGUCAGGAAUCCAACUAAAAUGAGUGAAGCAAAGAACAAUGUGGGUGGGGCGAAUGACUACUAUAACAAGGUGAACUCGAUCAUUGGUGAAGGCAAAACUUCGACCAAGCUGACUCCGGAUAAGGUGAAACAACUCGAAACGUUGGCUCAUAGCAGCUCGGACAAAUGGUGGGCGAUGGCAUACUUCACCACUAAUGUUCUCGGCGUCGGGCUCAUGGUAUGGUUUGUGUACGGCACUCUCGUCCUCGGGUGGCGACCGUAUGGAAUGGGCGGCAGUCCCAGAGCCAACAACUAA